UCAGAAUCGGCAUGCCGUCGUCGGGUGGACGAGUCUGGUCGUGCCGACUGACGGUUACUCAACCGCGCGGACGCCUACCGUAGACCCGUACGAUACCAUCUUCACCCCAGGAUUUCGAAGUCCGAACAUCGUUUUCGGUGCCUGGUUCUGUACGCUUCUGGGGUCCUGUGCACUUUUGGUUGCAUCACGGGCACUUAUUAACCUGGUAGAGCGAAGGAUACGCUGGAAAAGCCUCGAGUAAAAGAACUAGAAGUUCACCCGACAGCGACUCUUUUCACGCUAUUACUAUCAGACGGUAUCAACUUCAACGUCGUCCUGACAUCAAAGUUACUUACACAAAAAAAGAUCAGAUACUUGGAAUGUAAAAUGGCGCUAUUAAAUGAUCAUGUUUAUUCACUGUAAAGAAACACGUUAAACAAGGUAAGAACGUUCCCCGAAUUCUAGACACCUGGAACGUAACCCUUAUUUGUCAUCUUUCGUUUUGCUCUUCAUAUUUUGGCUUUUUGACCCAAAGUCGUUUCCCGGUAUUGCAAGUAUCUAUUGGUAUUGCAUUGUCCUCACUAUUCACCUAUUGUUCAUGGUAUUUAUCAGGGUCUAUCGUAAGGAUUCUAAUGCAUUAUGCCUUAUCGGCUGGGAACAAAUCUAGAUUUUCUGGUUACAUCUUCACCGUAUCGAAUAACGAACAAUUUGGAACUGGGAUCAUAAUUGAUUCAUUGUGGUGAAAAGAAGUUUCAGAAGCAGGUAAAAAAAUGUAAUGCACUUUACGGUAGUCUACUGCUUCAGCUUUUAAUAUCCAUCGUCCAUUUCCAUAGUUACAAGUCACAUAAAAUGUCACAUCUCGUCGUCAUAGUUGCCGCAAUGGAAGACGUACUAUUUCCCUAUUAUGACUUACAUCCUCAUCCCGUAGCUGCAAGCAUGUUGUUGUAUCGAUUUUUCAGAUGUCCACGACCGGUAGUAGCUGGUAUAGUUCGUUCGGUUCUCUGCCCGUAUGGUUUUCUGAUAGACUUUUUGAUUAUCACGUGUACAGGAUUGCAUAUGUCGUUCUUGUUACAGAGGCAGAACUAAAGAAGGUGCGACAAUGUCCGCAGGGAUGGCGUGCAGAAUGAGACAGAAAGCCGCUUAUCUCUUUGAAAGGAAGUAGCACAAGCGAGUAACGAUAAGUUAUUCAUUACGGUUUUUACACGAAAUUUACAUGUAAGAAACAGGUUGUAAACAAAUGAGGCAUUUUUCCAGGUAUCUAUCGUGCUAAGCAGGAUGUUGGAUUUAAAUUUGUAUAAAUAUUUUUUUAAAAUCGUAAGCAACGUUGUAGUCCUAGUCCCCUAAACCUAUUCCGUUUUUCCUAAGGCGUCAAAAAACACCGACCUCCUUGAAGAAGCAAAAACGAUGAAAAUUCUUUUUUCGCCUCACAAAUGUGAACAAAGCUUCAAAUUCACUAUGGUCAUCCCUCGCACUCUCGCGCAUCGCAGCAGUUCAAACUGCGCAUACCUUCCCAUGCCCUGAUGAUG